AUGGCCGCGGACGGCGUGAAGUUCGACAUCACCAUCUUCAUGGUUGACCACCAUCUGUUUGACGAGAUCGCGAGGGGGAGCGUGCGCAUUACCAAGGUCGCCGAGAUGAGCCUCUACAUCCUGGGCCACAGGGACAGCGCUGGCCCGAUGCCCCGCGCAGGGAUGACAGGGCUGGCGAGGAAGGUGACUGAACGGAUCGCCGCCGCCAGGGUAGAUUCCCACAACCUGAGGAUGACCGACUCCACCGUGGACGUCGACCUCUUGCCAGGCAUAUUGUCCGCCACAAUUGGCCACCAUAUUGGCGAGACAGACAUAGACGACGUCUAUGCGCGGGUCCGCGACGAUCUCGCAGCUGCGGCGGUGCCGAAGAGGAGGAAGCUUUCCGCGGCGCCCGACCCGCGCGCGCUGCUGGCUGCCGCGGUCCAGGGGGCCAGCCCCGAGCCCUCGGCGGUUGUGCCAGCUGGCGGGCCGCCCCCUGUCGGUGGCGCCCUCGCCCCGCGCGCUCAGCCCAGGCCGACGGCGGCCGUGUCCGCCGAGGACUUGAUACUCGCCAUCCAGCGCAGGGAGGAGGAGAUAGGCGCGGCGAGAAAGGAGCUGGAACGGGCGAAAGAAGCCGCCCGCUAUUACAAGGCGCGGGCGGCAGACUUGAAGGAGAGGCUCGACAAUUCCCAGUCGGAGCUGGCGCUCGCCCGCGCAAUGUCAAGCUUUCGCCCUGGGCGAAAAGUGGUUGAGUUUGGCGGGUACAGCUUGGCGCUGCGCAGGAACAGGGCGCGCGCGUCUGCCUUGGCGACGGCGGAGAUGGUGCUGGGGUGCGACGGCGAAGGGCAGGGUGGCAGGGCGCCCGUGACCAUGCGCGAGUAUAGACUUGCGGCGGCCAAAGUUGUCCGAGCCAAGGGGUUCUACAAGGCGUGUCUCCACGACCUGCCCCGCGCGUUGGACGUGCACCUUUUGAGAGGCGACGCCACGAACUCGGAGGCUGUCCAAAAGGCCAAGGUCCACGUCUCCAUCGUCCACAGCAGCGUCGGCAACAUCUCCGAGAUCAUGGACGCGAUCGGCCAGGGAACGGUUUCGCCAGAUGGCGUCGCCCCGUUCGUGGACACCCUGUCGACGACGGGGGGUCUUCUGGAGGCCCACCGCAACACUGGGGAGGAGACCUGCCAACAUUGCGAGCGACUUCGAGAGCAUCCACUGCCCGACGUGGAAGGAGGCCGCUGCACGGUCUAUUGUUUCGGUGUUGAUGCGGGCCCAGAUAACGUUGGGAUGCUGACCAGCAUUCGUCGGGACUUGGCGGGCGCUGACAGCGCGAUGUACCAGGCAGUGUUCUGUUUGCUCCACCAGUCGCACCUGAUCGUGAAAGACCUCCUUGCUCGGCUGGAGGAAUGGCAGCGGGGGCCACUGGGCGAGGACAGGCCCUACUGGGGAACGGUGGCCACGCUCGCCAAUGUUUGGCGUUCACGCGGGAUGCCCGCGAAGGUCCACGAGGCCGCGCUGGUGGAAUGCCCCGACCCCGCCAUUGCGAACAAAUUGUUCAAGAAGUUGCCCAGUAGACCGCUUCGGGGGCGCUGGGGCAGCAUCGCCGCCGUCGUGGGCCGAAUCGCGGGGGCGGCGCGGUACAUCGGAAGCGUGUUCCAGAGGGCGCUCGGGCCCAUUGCCGACGGCGAGGGGAGGGCCCCGCGGAGGAAAGGCGCCGGCGCAGACGAGGACCAGGCUUUCCAAGAGCAGCAGAAGAACUACAGGCAGACUGCUCUGGUCUGUGCGGCUUCGAACCUGUGGGCGGCCGCGGUCAUGAUAUCCGAGGCCGCGAAGCUGCCCCCGUCCGCAUACUUGGGGGCGACGCUCCUCUCCGACCUGGUGGCGAAGAAGGCGGGGUCGGUCUAUGCGGAGUUGGGGGCCCUGUUGGGCGAUGGGGCCGACGGCUCGGGCGACCCUUGGGGGCGCGUUUGGGAGCUUCUGCCAGAGGACCAGAAGUCCAGAGCGCGGCUCCUGAUCGUAUCGCUGGCGCUGAGAGCAAUUGGGGGGUGGCAGAUGAGGGUGCUUGAGAAAGUUGGGAGUUUUCCCUUCUGUCUCCUGCGCAUCCUCGAGAGGCCCCAGGUUGCGUCAUCCGAGGCUGCGGUGGCCGAGCGCAAAGCGAUCGCGCACCGUCUUCUCCACGCUCCGCGCGGGGAGCUCAGCGCCGUGACUGGCGACCUCGCUCUGGCAGUGAGGAAGAUGUUCUCGGUCGACUGGUCGGACAUGCAGCUUACUGGGGAGUGCUCAGGUCGGCUCUAUAGCUGGCUGCUGAUAGUGCGACCGCGCCUGCCGCAUGACACGCAGGACGUGGAAGGCAUGAACUCCGUCCUUCAGGGGAUGUGCGACGUCGCCCCGAACAUCCACAUCCCACUUGCUUCGGACCGCAUGCGGAUCAAGCUUGGUGCGCCCAUCUCCGCGGAGACCUGCGUGGACAUGCACCGCGCAAUCCUGGGCUGCCUCGCCUCGCAGAAGCAUGUGGAACGCUUCGUGGACUUCCCCGCCAUCCGCGACGACGUCGGGGUCAGCGGCAGCGCGGGGGGCGCGGCGGGGGCGCGCCCAAUGCCCGCGCCUUUGCCACCGAGGCCGCACGUGCGGGACGGGCUGGUGCAGGCCUGCAGGCACGCUGGGUCCAUGGCAAGUCUCAUGCCCGCGUUCGCGUCGAUGGCCUUCGCCCUCGCGCCGCCAGGCGCAGGCGACAGGCCCGCUUUCCUGAUGUGCUGGAAGUACUAUCGCAGGGCCAGCAUCGCUUGGGGCAUCCUGAGUCCCCUUAGCGGGGGGCUGUCGCUACUUCGCAUGGGCGACCCUGUGCGGAUCGCAAAGUUGGCAGACGCGCUCGUGGGCCAGGUGCCCGACGGCGGGGCCCCGAUGACGAUCUGGCGCGGGCGCCUCAAUUGGCUGACGCUUCGGCUCGCAGAGCACGGCGAGGAAGAAGCCAUUGCGGUGGGGCCUGCGAAGCUUGCGCAGCCGAAGUUGAAGGGCGGUGGGGCAGAAGCAGAGGGGGACGGCGAGCUCGACUACUUGGAAGAACUCUUGGGGGAGCUGAUUGAGGCUGGCGAGGAUUACCACGGCAGCGGGUACGAGGAGAAGCUCGCCGAGCACCCAGAAGACCAAGAGCUCGAGCCCGACGGGGAGAUGCCAGACGACGAGGGGCCCGCCGACGACAUCGGCGGGCCCGACAAUGCCGAGCCUGAUGGCGAUCGCGCCCCAAGCACGCCCCGCCUCGCACAAGCGCCACUCGCCGUGCGCGUCUCGGUGAACGAUUCGCGCGGGAGGCUCUCGGACGCGGUGGCUCGGGCCCGAGAUGCCGCUGGGAAGCCGCUCAUGAAAGGCGCGGUCAGCCUAGCAAUCAAGCCCGAUGGUCACCCAGUCCUAAUCAUUUGGGCACAGCCAGAAGUCCAGAUGGGGCGGCCGAUGCGGAUUGAUGAAUGGGGCAGGAUCAUUGCUUUGGCCGCGUGGCUGCAGCCAGAGGCCGACUUCCGCGACGCAGCCGUCGUGGUGGCGGACACGGGCAUGGCGCAGACGAAGGCCCCGAGGAAGCUGAGAGCGCACGCUGAGCCGUGGGUAUUGCUUCUGCGCUUGCAGGCCCACACGAGGCUACACCAAGGGCCGCUGGUCCCGCCUCCGAAGGAGAAGUGCGCGGUCUGCGCUGCUGAGGUGGAGGCGGACCCCCGCGCCGUCUUGCCCGACGAGCUCGCGCUCUACUACCGCUGCCAGAGCUGCUUGCUGCUGUGGCACGACUGCUGCGCGAGGAGGUGCGACGGCCCCAAUGACUUCGAUAACUUCGUGUGUCCCGUGUGCGCGUAG